AUGGCUUUCUUCAGCAACUCGCUCUUCGAUUCGUUUCCUCGAAACACUGUUGCCCGGUCCGUUCACUAUCAGAAGCAAUGUCAACUUCAUGAUCAGUACAUUGAGCGACUCGAUCACACCGAGACUCUUGGAGGACACGACAGCUCAGGCCAUCAUAUUGGCCAUUCUGGAUGCGUGAACGCUCUCAGCUGGUCUCCUUCGGGCCAGCUUCUCGCAAGCGGAAGCGAUGACCGCAACGUUAUCCUCUGGAAGCUCGGCUCCAGUCACAUCCAUCCCGUAACAGACGUGAAAGAGUCGGAUCAUUCACGCAGUUCUCAUCGCUACAGUACUGGUGCUUCUCGCCGCAGGCCUAGACAGCAGCCCUCUGAGCCACAUGCAUCUACAUCUGCAGAGCUAUCGUCUGGCUUCAACGACGUCCUCCAGUCCCAAUCGAGUGAUGAGCAAGAUAGCACCGUAAGGACAUGGUCUCAGCGCAACUAUCCAAGCAUGAAUCUCGGCAUGCUGGGCAAGAUCGAGACGGGUCAUGCUGCAAACAUCUUCUCCGUGAAAUGGGCGCCCAACGCCUCGGAGCGUCGCCUUUUCACUUGUGCCGGCGAUUCUCACGUCCGAGUAUUUGACAUCAACUACAUGUCCGCUGGCACAACUCAUCUACCAGGAGCAGAAGGUGAGGUGCAUCGGACCGGCACAGGCCGCGAAUACAGCGUCUGGCCCGAGCACAGCGGGGCUUGUGUCCGCCUCUUCCGUUGUCACCGCGGCAGAGCAAAGCGCAUCUCAACAGAAGUCUCUCCAGAUGUUUUCCUUACCUGUGGAGAGGACGGUGAUGUUCGGCAGAUGGAUCUGCGUGCAUCCCAUACGUGCCGCAGUCGAACUGGGGGCUCCUGUCCCCCACCUCUUGCGCACUAUCCCUCGGUCCUCUAUUCGCUUUCGGUCAGCAAAGUCGAGCCCUGGCUCUUUGCUGUUGCUGGAGAGGCGCCGCUUGCCUAUCUUCACGAUCGCAGGAUGAUACCAAGGCUUAUCAAGCGCGACUGGGGCAUGUCCUCUAGCAUGAUCGAACAGCAACAAGCCGCAUUGACUAUGUGCGUUCGAAGUUUUGGCAUACCCUCCGGCGGCUUUGAAACGCCUUGGGCACAAGACGACGGACGCACUGCUCUCAUCGACCAAGUGCCGCCGUCCACAAUCAAUCGUCGUCUUCUCAUGGGCAACCGAAACAGCAUCACCGCCUGCAAACUCAGCGAGCACAACGGCCGAGACUUGCUCGUCUCUUACUCGUCCGGUCACAUUUAUCGUUUCGACAUCUACGACGAGCCAGGCAUUCUCCAGGCCAAUCUAGACAAUGUGCGAUUCUCUUUGGAGCGUUCUCCAACUCCGCCUUCACAAAAUUCCGCUUUGGCUGGUGCAACUCGCACGGCAUCGGCAGGUGGCUACGACGCCGAUCUCGAGAAGGCUGAAGCCGAUCCCCAAUCCCACGACGCCGAGCAGGAAAAGCGCACCGUCUCGCUCCGGAUCAACUCGGCCGAGAUGGACGGCGUGAACAGCGAUAUCGAAGCAGACGAUAGCAUUGAAGGUGAAGAUGAGUUCGAGGUACAGGUUCAGGACUUGGACCAAGAUGAUGACGAGAACGCCGAGGAGGACGCCGAUGAGGACGGCAACACAGAUUCCGACGACGAGGGCGACUUCUCAGACGAUGACCUGAUACAUCUCUUGCAAGAACAAGAUGGGCAACCGCAAACGUCGUUCAAUGGUGGCCGCGAUGUGCCCACUGUCUACCCACGCUCUGCAUACAAGGGCCACUGCAACGAGGAGACCGUCAAAGACGUCGUCUUUGCACCUAUUACUAUCACUCCCUUUGCGCCUGCUUUGCACAAAGAAGCGGAACAGGACACCGGGUCGAGCCACAGCAAAAGGCCACGCACCGAGACGAGGAAUUUCAAAGUCGCUGAUCGCCUCGCAGACAAGGAGGAGAUUUGCAGACGCAACGAAGCUCGGCUGGGCAGAGAUCUGGUGUCACCUGCGGGCAACAUAAUCUGGCGGCUGCAUCCGCAGUUGCUUGGUAUCAAUCUCGAUCCGGAUUCCGAGCGCCAGAUGGAAGGCGACUGUGUGGUCAUGUAG